CUUUUUCUUUUUGCUCCUUUAAUCUUGCUUUUGUCUUUCAUGGUCUUCGAUAAAAGCCCUUUUUCUCCACUCUUUCUCUUUCUUUUUGGCAAUACAAGAGCCGUUCAUAUCUAUGAUUAUAAGCAAACCAAUAAUUAUGCUCCAUGUUUGAUUCUGUGUAAGUGUGACCAAAUCUAUGGAGUGUCAACAUCUGGUAAACAUAGUAUAGUGCGUGUUUGUGUGUGCUAGAAGGCAAGAACAUCCAGAGAGCUAAGCCAAGCUGCAUAUAAGCUGUGUUUAUGUGAGUGAAUGGAAGUGUUGCACUCAGUUUAGAUGUGGAAAUGGGUUCGGAGCAGCAUAGAUUUCCUCCUCCCCAGCAACCGCUACAGCCGCCGCCACCGCCGCCGCCGCCUCGUACCUUCGGGCUUCAAUUUAUGGGGCGGAAUAAUGAUUUACGAAACUGGCAAGUUCUGGAUUCCCAACAUAAAACAUUUCAUAAAAGAUGGGUUGGAUGUUGGGGUGGAUUGUCUUGUUUUGGCAGACAAAAAGGUGGAAAACGAAUUGUACCUGCUUCACGUAUGCCAGAGGCCAAUUCAUUGGCAAAUCAGCCUAAUGGACCACAAGUGGGGGGUGUGAAUAAUCAGACUACAGGACUUCCACCACAUCUUUUGGCUCCACCUUCUUCUCCUGCAUCCUUUUCUACUUCAGCACUCCCAUCAACAGCUCAGUCACCAAGCUGUUUCUUGUCUGCCAACUCCCCUGGAGGUCCGUCAUCAACUAUGUAUGCUACAGGUCCAUAUGCCCAUGAGACACAACUAGUAUCUCCUCCUGUGUUCUCUACCUUCACAACUGAGCCAUCUACUGCUCCCUUCACACCUCCACCAGAAUUAGCACAUCUGACUACGCCCUCUUCCCCGGAUGUGCCUUACGCUCGGUUCCUUUCUUCCUCUGUGGGUAUUAAAGGCACUGACAAGACAAACUUUGUUGUUGCUAGUGAUCUUCAUUCAGCCUACUCUUUAUAUCCAGAGAGCCCUGCUAGUAAUUUCAGAUCACCUUCUUCAAGGACCACUGGUGACUGCUUGCCAUCACCUCUUAAUGAAAGGGAGUUACCUCAGUAUGAUCCUUCUGUUGCUUCACAAGAGCUCAAGACUCCAGAAUCUGAUUCGGGUGGUCUCUAUGGAUUGGAAAGAGCUGGCAACUCCAAGCUGUCACAUGAUUCAAAUUUCUUCUGCCCAGCUACAUUUGCCCAAUUUUAUGAUCACUCGUUUCCUCUUUCUGGAGGCAGGUUGAGUGUCUCUAAGGAGUCUGAUGCUCAUUCAAAUGCUGGAAAUGGGCAUCAGAACUGGCAGAACAAAAAUUGCAAGCAAGAUGCUGAGGAGAUUGAAGCUUACAGAGCAUCUUUUGGGUUUAGUGCUGAUGAAAUUGUCACUACAGCUCAGUAUGUGGAGAUUACUGAUGUCUUAGAUGACUCAUUUAGUAUGACACCCUUUACCUCCAAUAAGUCUCAAGAACAGGAAAAUAUACAGAUUGUGUCAGCAGAUAAAAGGACAAAAGCAGAGAAAGCCAACAAAAACAUGUUGAGUCCACAAUAUUGUAAAUCAGGCUCAAACCAUGUUGCUGGUGUUCCAGACAGCAACAAGACAGAUAAUUGUUCAAAGAAGAAUCCUGGAGAUGCAUUUGGAGCAAGUGCACUUGAUUGUCCUGGUGUGAGCGAUGAUGAAGAUAUUUUCUCUAAGAUGGGAAAUUCCAGAGUUCGCAGGAACUAUCACCUUGGUUUGUCUAGCUCUGAUGCAGAGGUCGAGUACAGAAGAGGAAGAAGUUGGAGAGAAGGCAAAGGCAGUGGCGCAUGGCGGGGGUAAUCGGCAGAUAACGGGCAAACAUCAUUGUUGCUUUCGUUUCUGGGGGGUUGAGCCCCUUUGGUCUAACCUCCUCUGCACUUGCUGAGUUCCUUGGUGUUUUGAUCAGCUUAUGUGAGGAAUGUGUUUUGUCUGUUUGUUUGAAGUUGUUUCCAAAGCAUAUGACAAGUGCAAUUGUAUAAUAUACUACUAUGUGUAUGUGGGAAUAUUAAUUUAAUUAGGAGUGAAAUGAGUAAAGCCCAUUGUCUACUUGCAUUUGGCAUUUGGUGAGGAGUCUCAUUGGCAAUUGGCAUGAAUGCCUUGCUAGUCUAGUCUUGUGUAGUAGUAGUAGUUGUGUCUUCUUGUUUGUGCAACUGAAACUGGUUCCUUCUUCCUUGCCUUGGGAGGGAUAUCAUUGCUUUACUCUAAUGUAAUGUAGUUAUUGAUUUGUUUCAUCUUA